CUCGUGCUCCUGGCUCAGAGGAGGAGGAGGAGGAGAAGAAGGAAGUAGAAUUGCUGAGCUAAUACAAGGGCGAGGCUGGGAACCGGGAGACGCCACAGCCAUGGAGGAGUUUAAUCCCCGUAACGAUGAGAUGAUCUUUAACACUGAAGAAGCCCACAAUAUUAUUAAAGAUUGCAUAGAAGGUGUUCUGGGCAAGGCAGAUUAUGACCAUGACAAUGUGAAUAAAUGGACUGCAGCUGUAGUAGAACAGUCUCUAACAAAUCUAGUAAAAUUGGGAAAAACAUAUAAGUAUAUUGUGACCUGUGCUGUGAUGCAGAAGUGUGGGGCUGGUCUGCAUACUGCAAGCUCAUGUUUUUGGGAUACCACAACCGAUGGUACUUGCACAGUCAGAUGGGAAAACAGAACAAUGAACUGUGUGGUUAGUGUCUUUGCUGUGGCCAUAAACUUGUAGCAAAAAAUUAAAGAUUGUAAACUGGAUAAAAUAAGUUAUCUCAAAGCCUUUUAAAUUAGAAAUUAUGGAAUACUCAGAAUAUACUGUAAGAAUUAUUUAAUAGAUAUUAUUAAGUCUGAGAAAAAAAGGAAAUGUGCUUUUAAAAAUGUUUCUGCAAAAAUGUUUAUAUUCUAAAGCCUUUUUUCUGUCAGCUGGGAGAUGGCUAUAUAUGUAUAUGCUGAUUUUAAAAGGCAAACAUUUGAGUACGCUGUAAUUGUAUGUUUUGUGUUCAAAAACAAAAACAUGCUGGAUUAUCACCAAUACUUCACAUGUAGGAAAUUAGGAGAAAUACUUGGAGAAUAAAUUACUUAUAAUAUAUAAGAAGUUGACAUAUAUUUUGCUUGAGUGACAGAUCUUAGUAUUUUGGAACGAGAUUUUUAACCUGUUUCAGAAUUCUUUGCAACUUCUUUAUUUCUCAAAAUAAUGACUGAUAAACUUCAGCUUGACUACUGAAAUCUAAUUUUGUGUAUUCCGAGACAAAUCUCUGAAACUGGCACAGAGAGAACCGAACUGGGUCUCUUGAGAACUGAACAAGUGUCAUAGAAAGCACACCAUUGAAGGAUUCCAUGGUUGUGGUUUAAACUUAUAUGGAGAAAAGUUUCCACAAAACAGUAAGUUUCAAAACCUACUAUUUAGGUUUUGAAAACCUGUUUAAAAAAGUUAUGUAGUCAGAAGAUAUAUGCGGUAAAUGAACAGAACAAUGGUAAACAAAUUUUAAAAGUUUUUUUUGUUACUUGUAGAAUGAAGAAUAUAUAUAUUCUUCAAAAUAUAUAUAUUCUUCUUUACAGGUCAUGAAUAUUUUAUAAGUGAAUGUAGUUUUCAUGCUGGAAUUCACCAUGAUGAAAUUCUUAGGACUUAUUUAUAAAGUUGAGAGAAUCUUGUAUAAUGUUGAUAUUGAUAAAUAGUGUACAGCAGUGGGGGGGGGGGGUUCUUGCCUGUGUGCCACUUUCACAAAUGCAGGUUUGUACAUGUAUGGGCCACGGAGCAGGGUUUGGGGACCCCUGGUGUAUAGUAAUGCUGCAUCAAUAAAAAUCAUGAAAAAAUACCAUUAUGAUCUUUCAGGCAGAUACUCAGGCACAAUUAUGCAGCUAUUAUGUUACCUGUUUGCUAUAUAUUUUCAAUGCUGAUGUUUCUAAGUAAGGGCCAUCUUUUCUCCUUUAUGUCCUUGAAUAGCAAUGUGCCUUAAUAAUUUAAACAUAUAAAAUAAUAUUUCAUUUAUUGGACUUAAAAGUACACAUUCAAGUGUGGAAGCAGGCUUUAUAUUUUAAAAUGCACUUAAAUAUAAGUAUGAGGUUACAGAACAAUUAACAAUAGUUGUUCUCUGUUCAUGUUUAAUUGACAAUCUCUUGAAUUCAGUAGAGUUCCAAAUAACUUUGCUACUUAUGUCUGCUUAAUAGUUCUGGCAUUAUUAAAAUAAAGCUUACUUGACAGUAAAUUAAUUGAAAACCAUGAGACUAACUGUUAAGAAAAUAUUGCCAAAAUCAGUAGUAUUUAUGAUGCGCCCUAGGUCUAAUAAACAGAAAAACAUCAAGGCAGUAAUUCCAUUAAAGGAAAACUUUAAAAAAAUUAAGCAUUUCUGCAGAUAUAUUUGUGUUUCAGGGAACUAGUAUUUCAGCUUUUCAUGCACUUAUUGUGUUGUUUAGAAGGCAUUUGAAUCUUGAAAGCAGACUUUUUUAUUUUGGCCUUUUAAAAAUAUCAGGUUUAAUGAAUAUUGUUAUAAGAUUUUUAGAAAUGGUUUUUGACUAGUGCAGCGAACUUGGUUUUAUAUUAACAUUAUUUAAAGCAUCAGAACCUUAAUAUUUAUAAUGAAUUUGUUGCAAUUUAAUACUAUUAGCAGUAUAGCCCAAAUGUUUGUUAUAUAAUCAAAGAUGAACCUUAUUUCUGAAAUUAGUAUAUAUAUCUGCAACACAAAAGCCAAAACUAUUUCAUUGUAUAUCGUAUCACAGUUCUAGAUUCAUUCUUUUGCUUUUAUUCUUGUGAUAAGAUGUUUUAAUCUCUUUUCUGAAGUAGCGAAAGACAAUCUGGAAGUUAAUAUGUUUUAUGAAAGCUGCAAAUGUAAUAGACUCCUAUUUGCAUUCUGGAUGAAGUAAAGACUGAUUGCUUUCCAGAGGCAGUUAUCAGCAAACAAAAGCUCAGCUGUUUUUAUUAUGUGGUGUAUGCAAAUGAUGGACUUGAAAAAACCCACUAUGUUUGACAAAGUUGAAGGGAAAAGAAAAUGAAGGCAGUGGGCAGAAUGAAAAUGGGAUGAAGGUGAGUGGAGGAAGACUACAAGAGGAAGACCUUUGAAGACUACAGCAGUCCUAGAUGAUAAGCUUCUGUUCAUCUGUUGGAUUAUCUACUUAAAUCAGAGAAUUACACUUUUAGAAAUCUUUCUCAUUCACACACACACACAACCACCUUUUUUCAUAAAUGAGAAUAUUUUGAUUGGGUUUCAUGUAUUUAUAAUGUAUCUAAAAAUCAAUUUUGCUGUAAACUUACUUUAUACAGAGAUUCGGAAAUUCAAAACUGGCAAGAUUGCACUAUAAUGAUAUUGAUAUUUGUCUUAAACAGCUACAUUUUGUUUUUACUUAAAUAAAUUAUAUCUGCCUUAGUUGUCACUUAUGCUUUUUUAAUUAAAUUAAUGACAUAAUUCUUGA